CAUCUACAUAAACUAGACUUCGUAAAACUCGGCUCCUCAAUUCUUAUUUUUCAUCUAGUUCUCUCAUCUGAAAAGUAAAGAAAGCUCAAAUCAGUGGAAAAGCAAUGGGUUUAGAUAAGAUCAAGGUCGCCAAUCCCAUCGUUGAGAUGGACGGAGAUGAAAUGACCAGAGUUAUUUGGAAAUCAAUCAAGGAUAAGCUCAUCUUGCCGUUUGUGGAGUUGGACAUAAAGUACUUUGACCUUGGGCUUCCAUGUCGGGAUGCUACCGAAGACAAAGUUACAAUUGAAAGUGCAGAAGCUACUCUCAAGUACAAUGUUGCCAUCAAGUGUGCUACAAUCACUCCAGAUGAAGCUCGUGUUAAGGAGUUUAACUUGAAGCAGAUGUGGAAGAGCCCUAAUGGGACUAUUAGGAACAUUUUGAAUGGCACUGUCUUUAGAGAGCCAAUUAUUUGCAAAAAUGUCCCUCGACUGGUCCCAGGUUGGACAAAGCCUAUAUGCAUUGGAAGGCAUGCCUUUGGUGAUCAAUAUCGAGCUACUGACGCUGUCAUUAAAGGAGCUGGGAAACUUAAACUUGUUUUUGUUCCAGAGGGACAGGGUGAGACGACAGAGUAUGAAGUUUUCAACUUCACCGGUGAGGGAGGAGUUUCACUUGCUAUGUAUAACACAGAUGAGUCCAUUCGUGCUUUUGCUGAGGCUUCCAUGAACACUGCUUAUCAGAAGAAGUGGCCUCUUUAUCUAAGUACCAAGAAUACUAUCCUUAAGAAGUAUGAUGGAAGAUUUAAGGAUAUCUUUCAAGAGGUUUAUGAAGCGAACUGGAAAUCAAAAUAUGAGGCUGCUGGGAUAUGGUAUGAACACCGUCUCAUUGAUGAUAUGGUGGCAUAUGCCCUAAAGAGUGAAGGUGGUUAUGUGUGGGCAUGCAAGAACUAUGAUGGUGAUGUCCAGAGUGAUUUCUUAGCCCAAGGGUUUGGAUCUCUUGGAUUGAUGACAUCUGUGCUGGUUUGCCCAGAUGGGAAGACAAUAGAAGCAGAAGCUGCUCAUGGUACUGUUACGCGACAUUACAGAGUUCACCAGAAAGGUGGUGAAACCAGCACAAACAGCAUAGCAUCUAUCUUUGCCUGGACUCGUGGACUUGCACACAGGGCAAAAUUGGAUGACAAUCCUAAACUAUUGGAUUUCACUGAGAAACUGGAGGCAGCUUGUAUUGGAACUGUGGAAUCCGGAAAGAUGACCAAAGAUCUUGCACUUAUUAUUCACGGCUCUAAGCUUUCUAGGGACCAUUACCUGAAUACUGAGGAGUUCCUUGAUGCUGUUGCAGCAGAUCUGAAAGCAAGACUCUCUGUUUAAGCAUAGUUCUGAACAUGGUCGGAAAUAGCAAGGGGAUGGAGGGUUACGGUUGAUGGUUUUGCUGGGAAUUAAUAUAUAAUAAAAGCGUUAGUGUGGGAGCGCGAAUGAGGUGAGAGUGGUGGGUAGGGGAUGUUGACGAUUUAAGCAACCAUUUGUUCAGAUGCAAAAAGCGCAGUCUCACUUGAUUUAUGUCUUUUGAUUAUUAAUGCAACAUUUAUUCAAUGGAUUUGGAGUUUGAUUAAAUUUUCCAUUCGUACACUACAGCUUUUACUCGUAUUGCAUGGUAUGAUGCAGCAAAUAAAUGAAUAGAUAUUUGGAAAA